AUGGCUGAAUUCUUGAAACCCAAGAACACAAACCCUCGGGGAAUCCCGGAAGCUCCCUUCAUAGAGAAAGUUGACCAGAUAAUUAAAGAUGGUGAUAGCGAUUUUGAACCAUUAAUGUCAGCGUUUCAAGAACGUCUACAACAAUACAAAUAUAUGGAAUUAUCCAAGCAACAGCAAUUGGCGGAUUUGAAUGUGAAGAUCCCCGACAUUGAAAAGAAUUUGGACAUAAUCGAAUAUUUAAAGCUAAAAAAGGAUUCAGUUGAUAAUGAUGAUGGCGAUGAUAAUAAUAUUAUAGAGACUAACUAUGAGCUCAAUGAUACCUUAUAUACUCGUGCUAGUAUAAAUGUUAACGAUACUAACAGUGUAUACCUUUGGUUGGGGGCACAGGUGAUGUUGGAGUAUCCUUUGGACGAAGCUGUUGAGUUACUUAAGAGUCGUUUGGAGAAAAACCAGCAACAGUUGACCAACGUUAAGGAAGACUUACAAUUCUUAAAGGAAAACAUCACCACUAUGGAAGUCAAUACUGCCAGAUUGUAUAAUUGGGAUGUGGAAAGAAGAAAGAAAGCAAAGGCUUCAUCUGCUCCUCCAACAGUUAAAGCUUCAUAG